CAACCACACCUCUAUUAACCUCCUGGCUUCUGUGCUGCAAAGCACCUUCCUUCGCCUACUCUUGUAUGUAGAUCCUCCCUCAAGAAGCUGCACUCCUCUGUCCGGCAUCUGCAGGGCACUCAAGGGUUCCAUCUGAACCCCUCCCAUCUUCUUCUCCCCUUGAAUGUGCCUCCCUUCUUCCCCAUCUCCUCUUCCAGGAAGCCUUCCUUGAAUAGCCCUCAGUGACUUUGCUCGGGGCUAUCUCUCCCCAUCCCCCAGCACUGAAGUCCAGGUCUCUGGCUACUUCCUGGUUUUCAGAAUGUGCCCAUUCCUCCCAUAGCUUAGGAGCUCUGAGGACAGGCUCUAGGUUUCUUCUGUGGGCUUUGCACAUGCCGGGCACCUAUUCCCCAGAUGUGUCAGAAGAAGUCAACUGGAGCCAGUCACAGACACAGUCAGGCCAAGAGCAUCUUGCCCUCCAAGUCCCAGCCCAGGCACGGGAGGGGAUAAAAGUCUCGUGCCGGGGCCUCGGGGCAGGAACUCACACACCUUGAUGAUCCUCUGUCUGCAGCUGUGAGACCUUCAGCCUCUGCCAUGUCUCUCUUUCCCUGCCGGGCCCAGAGGGGCUUCAGUGCUCGCUCAGCCUGUUCUGCUCGCUCAAGGGGCCGAGGCAGGGUCAGCUUCAGCAGCAGGAGCCUCAGUUCCUUCAGGGGAUCCCGAGGAGGCUCUCGUGGGAGGGCCUGGGGUUCGGGGAGAAGCCUAGGAGUGCGGUUUGGGGAGGGGAGCGGUGGGCCUGGGCUUCCCCUGUGCCCUCCUGGAGGCAUCCAGGAAGUGGCCAUCAACCAGAGUCUGCUGACCCCGCUGAAGAUUGAGAUCGACCCCCAGUUCCAGGUGGUUUGGACUCAGGAGACCCAACAGAUCAGAACCCUCAACAACCAGUUUGCUUCUUUCAUUGACAAGGUGCGGUUCCUGGAGCAGCAGAACAAGGUUCUGGAGACCAAGUGGCACUUGCUGCAGCAGCAGGGAUUGAGUGACAGUCCCCAGGGCCUGGAGUCUUUCUUCGAGGCCUAUCUGGUCCAGCUUAGGAAUCAGCUGGAGAAGCUGCAGAGAGAACGAGGGUCUCUGGACGCGGAGCUCAAGUCCUCCCAGGACCAGGAGGAGGAGUAUAAAGCCAAGUAUGAGCAGGAGGCGCACAAGCACGCCCUGCUGGAGAAGGACUUCGCGGUCCUCAAAAAGGAUGCGGAUGGGGCUUUCCUGAGCAAGAUGGAGUUGGAAGGCAAGGUGGAGGUUCUGAGGGAGUACAUCUGCUUCUUGAGGCGUCUCUAUGAAGAAGAGCUGGGCCAGCUGCAGACCCAGGCCAGUGACGUGUCUGUGGUGUUGUCCAUGGACAACAACCGCUGCCUGGACUUCAGAGACCUCAUCGCCGAGGUCCGCGCCCGGUACGAGGAGAUCGCCCAGACCAGCAAAGCCGAGGCUGAGAUGCUGUACCAGACCAAGUACCGGGAGCUGCAGGUGUCUGCCCAGCUUCACAGUGACCAAAUGAAGGGGACCAAAGUCCAGAUCACUCAGCUGCAGCAGGCCAUUCAGAAGCUGCAGAGUCAGACUGAGAACCUCAAGAAGCAGAAUGCCAGCCUGGAGGCCGCCAUUGCCGGUGCUGAGCAGCGUGGGGAGCUGGCCGUCAAGGAUGCUCAGGCCAAGCUGGCUGAGCUGGAGGCCGCUCUGAGAACCGCCAAGCAGGACAUGGCGCGGCUGCUGCGCGAGUACCAGGAGCUGAUGAGCUCCAAGCUGUCCUUGGAUGUGGAGAUCGCCACCUACCGCAGGCUGCUGGAGGGCGAGGAGAGCAGGAUGUUUGGAGAAUGUGCCAGUCAGGUCACUAUCUCUGUUGGGGGAGGCAGCACCAUCGUGUCUGGAGGAGCACAUGGGGGCCUGGUGGGCACUUGUGAACUCGGAGGCGGGAAAGGCAGCGUUGGGUCCAACUGCUCCAGUGUUGUGACCGGAGGCUCCAGCACUGUGACCGGUGACUCCAAGGUCAUCCUGGGCUCUGGGCAGGGCCCUGUUUUGGGCUCUUGCUCUGUGUCUGGCUCUGGCUCCAACUCCACCUGCCGCACCAUCCUGAAGAAGACCGUUGAGUCAAGUCUGAAGACGUCCAUCACAUACUGAGUGAUCCAGAGGUCAUUUGCUUCCCCUCCCCCCCCUUGAGCCCUCUCAGCUCUUCUCCCACCCUCAUCACCCCCAUCCCUGCAUGGCCGGCUCUGUGUCCACUGCCCACAGCCCGAGCCAGCCCACAGGGGCCUCUGCAGAAGUCAGUCAGGUCCUGCCUGCUGUUCUGAAUGCUUGCUCAGGCUGGCCUUCUUCCGCAUGCUGAUUUGCAUCUCAUUUGUCUACUGCCCGCCCCAUCCAAGGAGCACAGUGCCCAGCCUCCAGCCAGUCAGUCUCGACCUCUCCUUUCUCCACAGUCUUUGACUGAGCUGGGAGAACUCCUGCUUGGGCUUGGCCAGACUGCAUCCCCAACCCCAGGGAGAGGCCUGAGACCCACUGACCAGAGCCUGAGGGCUGGAACCAAGGGGCAUCACCCUUGCCCUUUCACCUGCCUCUGGGCCUCCAUUUCUGUAUUUCUGUCCACUUAUUUCCUGUGAAAUAAAGCAGCACCCAGUUCUCCCUGCA